UCUAUGUCCUAAAUCUUUCAUUUUAAUCUAGAAUCGAUUUUAAAAAUGCCACGGGCACAUCAUAAUGGAUGUAUUUCUGUCUAAAAUUUCUAUUGAUCGUUUUCGAUUUAAUUUUAUUUUUUUAGGUAUUGCCGAGUUAAAUGUAGAACCAUAUGAUGAAGACCAGGGGACAGGUGAAUUGCGUUAUGUUCAGAUGGCUGUGACCACAUACAACACAUCCCUUCCUUAUGCUGAAAGAUAUAGAAAUGGAAAAGUACAGGUUGCCUUGGUUUGGAAUUCUAGAUAUGAGAACUCCUCUUCCUCGAAAAAGUUAAAUGCUUUGGCCAAUUUCUUAUGGAGAUAUGGUGGGCCAAACAGGAAAGUCCAUUUAAUUCAUUCUGUUUGGGCAAACUUCCAGACUUCAAUUAACAAUGUGAGUGUAAAGUGUGUGGGUUUUUGUGUUUGCGCACAUGUGUUUACUUGUUGGCGUGGGCAUGCAUCCAUACACUAAGUAUGUUUAGUAUGAAAUGCUUCAUUUGUUUGUUAAAGUGGAUAUAAUUAGCUUGUAAUUUUUUAGAAUGUUGGUCUCAUUGCUAAGAUGGUGUUAUUUUGAUGAUCUUUUGUGUUGUCCUGAGACUGUGGAGGUGGUUGAGAAAGCAACUGAACCUCUUUUAUGAAAUGCUCUUACCAAGAACACAAAAGAUUCAUAAUUCUACUUUCAUAGAAACAAAAGAAAAACUCAGUUCAAAGCUUUCUUUCUCUGUUUGGGUAAAAAGCCUCCUUUUCAACCAAGUAACAUGACCACUACCAUCUUUAGGAACACUCAAGGCACCCAAAAAAGGGACAAUUACACCGCUUAAAUAUUUCAAUCCAUCCAACAGUAUAUAAGAAGAUGAUCCACAGACAGACCCACCCUCUUUGCACUUGCAACACCAAUUACGAAUAGUUUUUCUGCUUUUGAUCAGAUUAUCUACUACAAGAAUUUUCACCUGGGAUAUCUCCCUGCAAAAAAGACCAACUAAGAAGGGCCCUUCAAAUUUUCAAAUCCCUUUCCAAGGAAAGUGAAGUGUGUCACCCUCCAACUUGUAAUAAGACUUCACUUUUAAUUUCCCCAGUUUGGAGUACCAACCAAUGUCAUCUUCCUUCGAGCCUUGUACUAAGCUCCUGAUACAACAGUUUCAAAAGAACUUGUAUCCCCUGAACCUUCCUAUCAUGUAAUGAUCUUUGUAACCCACAUUUCAUGCCAUCACCUCUCCCGCUUAGAAGUUU